AGAAGUUCAAAACAAAAACAAAAGAAGUGUUGAAAAAAAAACAAAAAAAAAAACAAUAAGAAGAAGAACAAGAAUGUCGUUUUCUGGAUAUAGCUUCGUCGUAGUAACAUUACUCUCCGUCGUCUUAACUCAAAUCUAUGGUUCCUGUAAUGACCCACAGGCUGAACCCCAACCGGCAGCAAUGUCAGGGCAUAAUGCUCAUCCCCAACCGGCAGCAACGUCAGGGCUUAAUGCUCAUUUUCAACCGGCAGCAAGGUCAGGGCUUAAGGCUCAUCCCCAACCGGCAGCAACCUUAGGGCUUAACACCCUAGGUCGAACCAACUUAGACCCAAUGUUUGAUCUCAACCCGGCAGCAACUUUAUUGGUUCACAAUCAGGUUCGAGCCGAAGUCGGGGUGGCUCCAAUGCUGUGGGACUUUAAACUAGCUGCCUUCGCACAGAACUACGCUAACGUACGAUCCAAAGACUGUGCCCUACAGCAUUCGAACGACGAAAUGUACGGCGAGAAUAUAGCUGCAGGGUGGCUCAAAUCUAAGGAAUCAAUGAGCGGUCCGAUCGCGGCUAAGUUGUGGUAUGGCGAGAAGAAAUUCUACAAUUAUCAAACCAACAAAUGUAGUGGUGUGUGCGGGCAUUAUACUCAGAUGGUGGCUAACCAAUCGCACCGAGUUGGUUGUGGUCACGUCAGGUGUCAUGCAAAUACAUAUCUUUGGGUCGUAUGUAACUAUGCUCCUAGGCCGAUGGGUGAUGAGAACACACGUCCGUAUUAAUGAACUUUUGUUUUUAACUAAGACGAGUAGUUGUCUGAUGUAAUAAAACUUAACAUAAUAAGUUACGUACUAUAGAUAAGACAAGACAUUAUAGUUUGGAGAUGUCUGAUCAUGUAAUAAAAUUUAACAUAAUAAGUUCGUGUAUGAUAGAUUAUAUAAGAUCCAGAAAUUCUAUUUUUUUUUUUGUGAUUUGUAAUAGUAGUCAUCACGUAGCAGUGUUUGAUCACACCUCUUGUAUUUAUUUAUGUGAAAUACUUGGGUUCACCGCUA